GGCAGACUUUGCGACAAACCCAACCAUCUCCCCCCGACUCUCGUCAUCUGCGACCUUUUGCUUCCCUUUUCAAACACACAUAGCGAUAUACCCAGACCAGAAAGGUCUCCAUAUUUCAAAAUGGCCAACAACUUUGAGGAUGUCGCCAAGCAGUUCAUCGAGUUCUACUAUAACACGUUCGAUUCCGACCGCAAGUCUCUUGCUGCCCUCUACCGCCCCGAGUCUAUGCUGACUUUCGAGUCUGCUUCCGUCCUCGGUGCCGAGUCCAUUAUCGAGAAGUUGAGCUCUCUUCCCUUCGAGAAGGUCAAGCACCAGGUCUCGACCCUCGAUGCCCAGCCCUCUAACGGUGAGGGUGGCAUCAUCAUCCUCAUCACCGGUGCCCUCCUGGUCGACGAGGAGCAGCGCCCCAUGAACUUCAGCCAGUCCUUCCAGCUGGCCCGCGAUGCCCAGGGCCAGUACUUUGUCUUCAACGACAUCUUCAAGCUCGUCUUCGGUUAA